GCAACCUUUUUUAUUAUUCUAUUAUCAGAUUAUUGUGUUACGUUUCCAAUACCUGAAAACAGCAAUAGACUACAGACUAUUUUUAUACUGUAGUGAUAGAUAUUUUAAAUGAGUCAUGAAUUCUUCUGGAUUUUCGUCUGCUUCAUCAAGUUUCAUGGAUUCAAGCUAUGAUCAGAUUAGCGAUUCUGAUGGUGCAAAGUUGGAAAUAGAUUUGGCAUCUCCGAACCAUAGUUCAAGUCUGCAUUUUUCUAAUCCAUCAAGUGCUGCUUCGUCAGUUCAUAACACAGAUGAUGAAGAUGAUGACAGCUCUGAACGCCCGCUCAAGUUCAGGCAAAAAAGAAGAGAAGCUCACACACUCGCUGAGAAACGUAGGAGAGACAACAUAAAGAAAGGAUAUGACGAGCUUCAAACGCUCGUCCCCAAACUUCACUCAGAAACCGUAGGAUCACAAAAAGUCAGCAAGGCUGUUAUGCUUCAAAGAUCAAUUGAUUACAUAGAAUAUCUGGAAAAAGAGAGAAAGAAACAGACAGAAGAUUUGGAAAAACUUCGUAAAAAAGAACAAUCUUUAUCGAUUAUGAAAUCAAAUUAUGAGCAAAUAGUCAAAGCUCACCAAUCAAACCCAGCAAACUCCAAUCACCAAUUGUCAGAUCAAGUAAAAUUUGAAGUAUUUCAAAGAAUCAUGGAUACUCUUUUUGUUUCAUUUAAUUCAUCAAUAUCUGUGGCUAGUUUUCAAGAACUGUCCCAUUGUGUAUUUAGUUGGAUUGAAGAACAAUGUACUCCACAAUCAUUACGAGAUAUUGUAAUCGAUACUUUAAAGCAGUUGAAUCCACAAUUGCGAUGAUCUUUCUUUUUUAUUUUCUUACAGGAAAAGCGUAUAAUAUGUAAUCUUGUUGCAUCUUAUUGACUUUGUUAUACUGAUACCGAGCACA